GUUAAACUGACCCGUCUACGGUUUAUAUUCUUCUACGAAUCUAGUUGCUUUUUAUUUAUUUGUUUACAACCGCUGCGUGCUUGAAGUGUUUUUCUAAGCGUGCAGGUGAGCGAACGAGCUCUUCUCUGAACUUUUCGGGGUUUUUUUGCACAGCCUACCUGAGUUGUGUUCCCUCUGCACGCCUCCACUCCUCUCCACCAUGGAUUUGGUUUGGAUUGUGGGCUUCGUUGUGAGCGUCUGCGCCUGGUUUUCUUCAGCGGAGCGACACAGCGUCUACUGGAACAGCACCAACCCAAAGUUUCUAAAGGACGACUACACUGUUGAGGUCAAGCUCAAUGACUACCUGGACAUCGUCUGCCCCCAUUACCCAGAGGGUGAGGUGCCAUUGCUGGAUGCUGAGCGAUACGUGCUCUACAUGGUGGAGCGUGAGGACUUCGACAUCUGCAAGCCUCAGUCAUACGACCAGAUGCGUUGGGAGUGCGGCCAUCCAUUUGCUCCUCACGCCGCUGAAAAGUUCUCGGAAAAGUUCCAACGUUUUACUCCCUUUACUCUGGGAAAGGAGUUCCGCCAAGGAGAAAGCUACUAUUAUAUCUCCAAACCUUUGCACCACCAUGGAAAGGAGUGUCUCAGGCUCAAGGUGGACGUCGUAGCCGUUGAUGGCUCUCAAGAAGCCAGAGUGGAUAGAGGAGGCACAGGUGGGGCUGCAGUUGGAGCCGGGGGCGGGGUUCACAACCCGACCAACAGACUGCCUCCAGCAGAUGACCCAGUGGUAGUCCUGCCAGACGUCCAGAAGAGUGCACGGUCAAACUCUGCAGUGACGGCUUCCUCCCUCUCGAUCCUCUCACUGCUAGUUCCAUUUUCAUUACUGCUUUUGUUGCACUGAGAGGACAUGAAAGAACUGCUGUUAGCAGACUUUUUUUUUUUCAGGGACUACAAUGAAGACAGUCCGUGGGGAUGAAACCACUGACUCAAAAAGACAGUUCUCUUUGCCCAGUGCUGGCCACUGGCAAAGACCUUUGAAGCUUGUAAAGUACAGAUGGACUCGAAUGCACUUCCACGUGCUAAGUAACUCCUGAGACAAAGUGUGUGAGCUUUGCCUCAUUUUUCAAAAAGUGACUAUUUUUUUCUUGGAAAAGCUCUCCUUGAUUUUUAUUUUAUCGGGCUCAUUCCAGAAAAACAUGAACCUCUUUGGAUGAUAACCCUUAAUGAUAAUGGGAAGAAGCUGAAUUGGAACCAGAAGAACAAUCAAGCGCAACUCUCUUUGAAUUGUAUACAUUUAGACGGGAUGUAUCCACGUUCAAUGGAAAAGUUAUCUCCUACCUUUUGAGCCAAAGAUCAGUCAUCUCUCCAACUUGUACACUAUUCCACCCUUGAGUAUUGUGUACUAUUUGUUGUAUUGUUAUCGUAAUGGUAUUGAGUGGCAUUGAUGUCCCAAGUGAUUACUUUCUCUAAAUGUAGCAUCGACAGGCACGCGGGCUCUUCUCAUGACUACCAUUCCUUUGCAAACUCGACCAUGUGCUUUUACUGUAGCACUAAUACAACACAGUACGGAAACACCAACACACACUCCACAACUGUUACACACAGACAAACACACACUGGCAUCAGAUGACAGACAUUAAAGCACAAUACAUUUACUGUGUUAUGUGUACAUUCUGUGAAGAUAAUUUAUAACAUUUGCAGCUGAGAAGUUUACUGUAUAUACCAUGUGCUCCUAAAAAGAAAUGUUUACUGUUGGCAACCGGGGGACUUUUUCUUAUUUUCUUCCUGGUAGAGUUAGUACUUGUGUGAAAGAAAAAGAGUGUGAGAGUUAGAAAAAAAGUGAGCAAUUGAUUUGAAAGAGUGGUGAGACAAAAUGUUUUUCUGACAAAAGCAAACACUGAGAUGUGUGU